GGAAACCGGGAAUUCGGGAAUUCGCAAAAGUCUCGAGCCUUUGGCGCCAUCGAAAUCACUGGAAAAAAAAAAAAAAGAAACGUGAAACCGAAAUUCGAGGGUGCUUUCGGGGUACCCCGGAUGAGGAAGCUUUCCGAAGGGAGCAUGUUCCUGCCGGCAGUUCGCGGGAAGAGGCUGCUCGUCUAGCUGCUCCAGAAGUCGUCUUAAGGACCCUACACGCUUCCGGGAACACGAUGGGGUCCUCGAGCGUCCACCUGGGGCUGCUCGGAAGGAUGUUCCUUUUGACUGCCUUUCUUCUCGUACUUCAGAAAACAGAUGCCUUGGAGGAGAACUGCACGGACUUCCAAGGGAGCACCGUGAGACACGGACUUCUUUACGUGCCUGGACCAGCAGUGUGCAGCCUCUGUGUUUGUUAUCAUUCGGAACCCAUGUGGUGUCAGGCGAUCUACUGCUCUCCGCCCUACAAAUGCAAGAGGUUUCGAGUCGGAGAGCGUUGUUGCGAAUUCGAGUGCCUGGACGAGACGGAUGCUGAUUGGACCGGUCCCGAUUUAAUCAUCGCCGCAGGAUCAUCGAGCAGACCGAAGCUGAGUAUUUUCAGCGUCCUGGCGAUCCUUGCUCUUAUUAUAAUCCCCUAAUUUAAUUCGGUAUCUCCUUGCUCCUUUUCUUAUAAAAGUACAAAGUCAAAAGCGCGCCUGACUACGGUAGCCGUCUGCUCGCGAGAAUAUUUAUAAAUCAUUCAAGCGGGUAAUAAAAACCGAGCGGGCGUCCGGAGUUUUUUAAUAGGCUAGGCGAAAAUAGGGGAGAAUCGACCGCGUCUAAGUGCCGCGUGCAUUUCCGAAGGAAACUGCUUUUGCAAGAUACCUGCAAUUAUAUGCAGUUAAUGGCAGCUUCGUUAAGUCUUUCGACGAAUUUCACGCCUAUUGAGCUCUAAGCGAGUCGCUUCGAUUUUUAUUCCAGACUUGGAUCCCGUAGGUCGGCUUGCGAAAGAAUUCAGAAUAGCGAUCGAGCGGUCAGACUAUUUAGAAUGUUAAUUACCCCCUGGGCCAUUUCAAGGGAAUAAUCGAACUUGGACUCGCAAAUCGGCUGGGCCGGUUGAAAGAAAAUCCAUCCACUUUUUCUUUUUUUCCCGAAGACGUUCAACGAUUUCUCAUAUGUCACGUUUAAAGCCGACGCGUCGGGGAAUUAAUGGGAUUUAUAUCGGUAUGGGGUAAUGCGAAGAAAAAAAUAGGAUCCACUUGUUAAAUGGCUAAUUUGUACAUUUUAAGACGUUUAAAGCGGGACCCACUUAGGUAAUCGACGAGUACAUAUCCACUUGUAUAGAAUUUGGUGCUACUGAUGGAGUGAAAAUAUAAUUGAAAUAUUUAUAUAGCCUGUAUGCGAGAGAUUAGACUAGUUAAUGGCGAGGGUUCCAAAGGACCGAACGUUGCCUAAUUUUACGUGAUACGAGAACCUCGCUUUAAUAUAGUUUAAUACUUUCGCAUAGAAAUGGAAACAACGCGACAUAUCACGCCAUUAAUAGGUUUUCGCUUCUGCGCUAUUGCAAAUAAGAUUUUUCCACUACCCUAUUGAAAGAAAAUUGAAAAGCAAAUAUCCCAGAUUGUGGAACAACUAUGUAUAGUAAUUCCGAUUCUUUCAAUUUGAAAAGCUGGAAGAGAGCACGUUUCUGUUUAAUCUACGAGCGUAAUCACAUAAUGGAAUAGAAGAUUGUAACGUUUGGAUAUUAUAUCUAAAGGUGAGCUUAAGUUUGGCCAUCUUCGGCAGGUGCCUUUUCGGAAACAGCUCAAUGAUCGAACGAGUUCACCUGUUUCUCAAUCUGGGAACUAUUUUUCGCUAAUAUUUUUAAUUCGUGACAGGGUAAGACGUCUGUGUUAGAAUAAGGUCGCGAUGCGAUCGACGGGGCUAGAAAUACUCGUGUGUAAAUAAUUCAUAGGACGGGAAGGACGUGCAAGGAACGGUUCAUUUUAUCGGUCAAAAGAGCCCGAAUGCUCUAUAAGCAAAUAUUCCUUUCCAUUUCUAUAUCUCUUCUCGCUUUAUAAAAAAUAAGCUUGAAAGUACGAUUGUUAUAUCAAAAGGCCCACCCUAGGUUGUAAUACCUGGGACGAGUCCCGACUUAUAAGUUACAUUUUAGUACAUCUCUUUGAUCUAAUCAGCCAAUUACCUCUUCUUGAUAUCGAUUAAAAGACGAAUGUAAAAGUAACGAAAAAUCAAUGAAAUCGUCACGAUGGAGAAAGCCAUAACGAUGCUUCUAAUGUAUACCGAUUGACCAAUUUCUCUAAGCUUACGAUUAACAUUAAUAUUUACACGUACGAAUAUUUAUUACCCAGUACCAGUGUAAAUACAUCGAUAAUGAUUCUUGCAUAUCAUUACAACGUGUGAUUACUUCUGACCAUAAUUCGGAUUAUAUAACGAUAAAGGGGCCUUUUAUGUAUAAACGAUAAUUAUAAAUUCACCGCAAUUAUCGACAGAAGUCACAUUAAACGAAUUUGAAAAUAA